AGAAAAGUCAACAGUGUGAGCGUGAGUGCCGCAUCUGCUGCUACCAACAAUUGUCACUUUCUGUUUUGUAACAAACAAUUUAAGUAAAAAAAUUACUUAGUUAAUUAAUAAUAGAAAAUUAUUAAAAACAAAGUCAGUGAUCUUGUAGUAACAGGAAUGCGAAAAAGCUAUCAAGUUAUGCAUGGGUACAUAAAAUAAUAAUGUAAAGAAAGGAAUCCAUGGAGCGUGAGAGGGAUGGGUCAGUUAAUAAUCCUUGUUUUGUGUAAUACAAAAAUAAUUAACUAUUGUUUACUAGACAAGAGUAUUGUCGGACGUUGCAGGUGAAAACCGCGAUCUAUAGCGCGUGCGUUCAAGUCACUUGGAGUAGAAUUUUUUUUUAAAUUUAAAAAACUGUGACCUGACCCCAAGAUGAACAAAACUCAGAUAAGCGGGGAAUAAAAUGAUCUGAUGUAAUUUAUAGGCACUAUGAAAGCCAGUCAAACAUUAAUAUUAUAAUUAUUUAUGAUAAAAUUAAUAGAAUUUGAAUAAAGAAAUAUGUGGCCGGUGGUUAGAAAAAUUUGCCGGACGUGGCCUAUAGUUUUAUCAACUAUUCUAGUGAUUUUUAUGGUACUUGUGUGGUCUCACAACAAACAGAAAAAUAAUGAAUACGCUGAUGAUUAUGUAUCAUUAAGAUUGACGGACGACCAACGAGAUUAUAUAGACAGAAAAGGAAUCCACGUGGUAGUCGGUCAUUACAUCGGAGACUCGGUGGACCCGAUGAAGACUCCGAAUGUGACAAAAGAAAUAGUUAACAAAAAUAUGUUCAACCCGCGAGCCCACGACGGCAGGAACGGAGAGCCGGUGCUGAUAUCUUCGAAAGAUUUUCCCGUGAUGCAGCAGCUCUUUCAGAUCAAUAGGUUCAACUUGAUGGCCAGCGAUCGGAUUCCGCUGAACAGAACGCUGCCGGAUGUCAGGAAGAAGAAGUGUAUUAUUAGAUAUGCUAAUUUGUAUAAUUUGCCCGAGACCUCGGUGAUUAUUGUCUUUCAUAACGAGGCUUGGAGUACGCUGAUGAGAACUGUCUACAGUGUUAUCAACAGAUCACCCAGGAGUUUGUUGAAGGAAAUAAUUCUUGUUGAUGACAACAGCGAUCGGGAUUUUUUGAAAGAGUCUUUGGAUGAGUAUGUUAAAACUUUGACAGUUCCAACUCGUGUUUUAAGAUCUGGCACACGAGUUGGUUUAAUAAACGCACGAUUGAUUGGUGCCAGAGAAGCUAAAGGUCAAGUUUUAACUUUUCUUGACGCCCACUGCGAAUGUACGGUCGGAUGGUUGGAGCCAUUGUUGGAAGCUAUCUCUAAAGAUAAGACGAAGAUAGUUGCGCCGGUUAUUGAUAUUAUUAAUGACGAUACAUUUGCAUAUACGAGAUCGUUUGAAUUACAUUGGGGCGCUUUUAAUUGGGAUCUACAUUUCCGUUGGCUGACACUGAGUGGCCCUUUGAUGAAACAGCGACGGGAAAAUAUCGUCGAGCCGUUCAAAACUCCCGCGAUGGCUGGAGGACUUUUCUCGAUGGACCGCGAGUACUUUUUCCAGCUCGGAAGCUAUGAUGAACAGAUGAAAAUCUGGGGAGGAGAAAAUCUCGAGCUGUCGUUCCGAGUUUGGCAGUGCGGGGGAAGUGUCGAGAUCGCACCUUGCUCCCACGUCGGGCAUCUCUUCAGAAAGUCAUCUCCCUACACCUUUCCCGGUGGAGUCGGAGAGAUUCUUUAUGGAAAUUUAGCGCGAGUAGCUCUGGUCUGGAUGGACGACUGGGCGGAAUUUUACUUCAAGUUCAACCCCGAAGCCGCGAGACUGCGAGACAAGCAGCAAAUCCGCGAGCGACUCGCGCUCAGAGAUAAAUUGAAGUGCCGGGGUUUCGAGUGGUAUCUAGACAAUGUCUGGCCAGAUCACUUUUUUCCAAAAAACGAUAGAUUUUUUGGUAAAAUUGUUCAUUCAAAGACGGGCCACUGUCUAAUGAAACCGGUUUCCAAAGGCAUGUACGCACAACCUGCUGGCUACGCAAUUUAUGAACCCUGUCUCAGCCCUCCUAAUCUCAGUCAAAUGUUUGUCAUCACCAAAGAUGGGAUUGUCAUGACUGACGAAAGUGUUUGUCUAGAUGCUCCAGAACGUGACACCAAACACGAGAAGCCGAAAGUUAAAAUUAUGGCUUGCAAUGGACUCACCAGACAGAAAUGGAAUUAUGAUGAACAAAAAAAGGCAUUAGUACACAUGGGUUCCGAAAUGUGUUUGCACGCCGAUCCAGAGAGUGAAGAAGGCCCGGUCAUCGCAGCCUGUAACGGAAAUAUUGAACAGCACUGGGAAUUACAAUCAGUGCCUUGGAAAUGAACAAACAGAUUUUUUACCGUCAGUUUAAAAGAAAGAUUCUCAAAAUGAAACAAAAUUAGUUAUAAACGAUAUUUAACGUACUAGUUUUAAAAAUAAAUCAGCUAUCCGAGCAAUUGAUGUAAAUAAUAAAUGAAUUUCUUAA